CUCUAGCGCAUGUAAAAUCGUUUGAAAUAGAUUAAAAACUACAGCAACAAACCAUGCCGCCCGUAAAGGAGGUUGUUACCGUGCAUGUUGGGCAAGCUGGUUGCCAGGUGGGUUUGCAAGUAUGGGAGCUCAUGUGCGAGGAGCAUGGAAUCCAGCCAGAUGGAACACGAGACGAAAUACACGGAGAGUUAUGACGCAUCUCUAGAUUACUGAUGUGUGAUGAUGAACGGAGGAUUUGAAGCAGCACUUUGCAGCUGGUUCGUCACGACAAGAAGUUUUAAUUGGUUUACAACAACUUCACUCUAUUCUUAUUCUUGCAUUCUUGCACAUCAAGAACAGCAGCACUCAUGUCAGUCUCCCCUCUAAUCCCAGCAGCCCCCGACGACCCAUUAUCGACCUUCUUCGCAGAGACAGCGGCUGGUCAGCACGUCCCCAGAAGUGUCUUCGUAGACACAGAUCCGGCCACGAGAGUCGAUGUCUUGAACGCUUCACACGGAAAAUUGUUCCAUCCGGACAAUAUCCUUGCUUAUAAACAGGUAUAGACUUGUUCUUGUUCGGACAAUAUCUUGGCUUAUAAACAGGUAAUAUAGACUUCUUGUUCUUUUGUCUCUACGGUGGAUGACCUUAUAAAUAAGGGGGUAAAUAAUUGAUUGAAUGGGUGGCGGCAUAUAGUCCUAACGCAAAAAAAAAAAAUACGGUGAUCAAGAACUACGGUCAUAUCAGAGGCACACACAUGACAGCACUCUUGGAGUCUUUCAUUUCUCGCUUUUAUGCUACUUGAUUAUAAUGUCGUAGCUGCAGCAGAAAAUGUGGAUGAGGAUGACAAUUGUAGUUGAAUUUAACCGGACUUUGAGACUGAGACCCUAAGAACUUGCCCAUACCACCAUCCAGGACUGCCGCAGCAAUUUCUUUGAGGGUCGGAGCGCCAGCAACCAGUUCAAAAUCAAGGAAUCUGUGAUGGAUGCCGUCCGAAAAGAAGUCGACAAAUGUCAAUCUUUACAAGGUUUCUUCUUGUUUCACUCGUUUGGUGGAGGAACCGGAACGGGCUUGGGUGUGGAGGUUUUGGACACCCUGAGAGAUCAGUUCUCCAAGAAGGUGAUCAUGCAACCUUUGGUGUAUCCUUCGCAGGACUACGUAUCGUCAGUGGUGGAGCCAUACAACUGCUUGUUUGCGCAGGCAUAUACAAGGGAGAAUAUGUAUGAUGAAACCAGCAUCUAGAUCUACUUUGUCUUUGGCAUAAUUGGCUUUGACAUCAGCACGACCUUGAUGUCUAAUCAGAAAGAUAGGAUCGCUACGCAAUCAAGUUUGCCAACAUUAGUUACCUCCACAAACAAUCGGAGAACACGCCUAGACCAACACGCCUAGACCCAAAACAAGCGGCCUCCUUUCAUCUCCCCGACCUCGCCAUGGUUCUCGACAAUCAAGCCGCUUACAGGAUGUGUAGGGAGAAUUUGAAGGUGAAACAUCCGACCUUUCUCCAUUUAAACCGGAUAAUCGCCCAGAUGGUAUCUGCGGCCACGACAAGUCUACGAUUUCCGACUCAGUUGAACGCGACUCUCGAUGAGGUGGUGACCAACAUGGUGCCAGAGGUCAAGUUCCGUUAUCCGAUCUUGUCUUUGUUUACGGAUUCUUCAUGACAUUGGUUCUUCAUGAUUAAGACAUUCUUACAUUGCCAUUGGUUCUUCAUGAUUUUUAAGAAGAGAGAUGAAAAUUAUGUGAAAAUACUUUUGUUCACGACUAGUGCUCCUGUCCGUCGUCUGGCACCAUGUUGGUCACCACCUCAUCGAGAGAUUGAACACGACUCUCGAUGAGGUGGUGACCAACAUGGUGCCAGAGGUCAACUUCCGUUAUCCGAUCUUGUCUUUGUUUACGGAUUCCUUUUUGUUGUUUUCGAAUUGCUAGUGCUCCUGUCGUCCGUGGUGUCAUGGAUUUGCAAUCUCGUCUCUUCCUCUUGUACAUUGCCAUUGGUUCUUCAUGAUUAAGAAGAGAGAUUUGAAAAUGAAAAUGAACACUUUUGUUCACCUUUUCACGAUACGACUCUCCUCACUCCUCCCUCCUCCGUCCACCUCUUCUAAGUCCUCCCCAGUCCGACACCCUACUCGCGCCAAGCACGAGAAUUUUACCACCAGAGAAAUCAUUACCGAUUUAUUCGAAGAGAAGAACCUACUGGCGGACAUCGGUCAUGGAAGGCUGAAGCAGAACCGUUAUCUCGCAUGCUCAGUCUUGAUGCGUGGUUUCCAACGAGUCAAGAGAGAACAAUUGAUGCAGGACCACAUAACAGACGUCAUUGGAGACGGCUCAGAGGAUGCAGAGGGAUAUGUACACUUAAUCAUGAUGCUACUCUUUUUCAUUUUUAUGAGAACAACUGUUUCUUGAAUUCUAAGGUCAAUGACAACGAGAUUAUUUUCAAUCAUAAUAAUAUUAGAUAUCUUCGCUUCUUCCGUUUUUUUAUCCAUUGAAAGAAGGGAAUGCGCACAACUACUUAAUGUUGUUUGUACUACUUAUAAUGUUGCAUUUUCAACGACAGAAUCCCAUGUUGGAUUGCUAGGUGGAUCUGUUGACAUGAAAGAAUGCAAAAUACCCACUCCACAUCAUCUCAACAGAUCCACCUAGCAAUCCAACCACUGGAAUGCACAAGGGCCAUCAACGAGUUAAUGAAUCCGAGUGGGGGACACAGAGAGCCUUUGAAGUUUUUGCCAUGGCUAGGGCACGGCGGUUUCAAGAUAGGUGCUGUUGCAGAGCCACCACAUGUGCCGGAAGGUAGGACAAUCAGAUUUGGAUGCUCCCUGUGUUGACCGAGCUGUUCGAAAAGUUGAAGAAGUUAUCUUUUUCUUUCCGACCUCGUCAAGGUCAGUAUUAUAGGGUACUCGUCAACCACUCUAUUACAUACAUUUUUCUUUCCAAAGAAGACGUCUUCGCAGGUAAUUAUACUACCGAAAUUCCUCAAUCUCACAUGGAUUCAAAAGGAAACACAAAAAGCCCCUUCCACGACCGCCAUCCCUCCAAGGUUUCAUGGCCAAGUCUGACCGACAAGGCGCGUUACUCGCCAACACAACUGCAGUCCGAACACUGUUUAUGCGGUCUUAUUCCAAGUUUUUGAAACUCUUCUACCACAAGGCGUAUGUGUGGCAAUUUUUGGAGGCUAACGGAGAAUUGGAGAUGUUCUUCGAGGCACAGGAGAAGAUGCGAGAAUUGAUAGCAGACUACGAAGACAUCCUAUACCGAACAUGCGAACAUUAAGGGUUCCCACCUUGUUACAUCCUUCACCUUAAUACAUCCUUCCUGACUUUUUUUUCAGUAGGUGGGAAUAAGUCAGGGAAGAUUUGUAGUUCUGAGCAAUGUAAAAAUUCCGUAACCUGCUCUAAGAACAAGAGCGGGUAACGGACAACCAUUUGACCUUGGUGGGUGCUCGAGCACAGCCAGCUGGGGGUAAUGUCGAGCAGGCUGGUGGCGGUGGAGCGUGAAAUCGUCCUGAUUACUAGGCUCUGGUUAUGAAAGUUAUCAGCUCCGUCUCGAAAAGAAGCUAGUAUCUUCUAUUGUAUCUAUCUUUUCUCAGAUUGACAUCCCUCGAUAUGUUGAUCAUUGCUGUUCACAAAACAAGAUGAAGCUUCUUGUUCAAGGCCGAAUCAAAUUAUGACGACCACAGUCCGAGCUCAGUUGUUUUUUUAUUCAACAUUCGUACGUAAAACCAAUAUUAACAGUAGUUGUUGUUCAUGUCAUCGUCAAAUGAAAAUCCACAUGUGUCCAAAAAUGUUCGAUUUUCGUUGUGAAAGGGUAUCCUAGUUGUUAAAUCAGUUACAAGCGGGGAGUGAACAAAGUUCGAGCACUAUGAUUCCUUGAGCGGUUUUGCAGGUAUGUUGAAGCGUACACCAAGUAAGCAUGGGGUGAAAUAAAGUUAUACAACCAAAUACUUUUGAGGAUGAAGACUACCACGGAGAUGAAGAAUAAUAUGCGUGUUCAUAUUAUGAAGAACUUUUCAUGUUCAACAUGACGAUAAUGCGGACAUUAUGGCCAAUGCGCCACUCUGUCCGCGAAAGAACUCAUUCGAGGGUCACUUUGACCACAACCAGUUACAGUAAAUCUUCCUCCUUUCCACCUCAGCACUGGUUUGGACCGGGGGGACGGAGGAGCACACAUCAAUAUCAAAUAAAUAUACAUAACUGUUUGAGGACCCCACCUUUGCUAGCUGCAGUUGUGGCAUCACAGCGGCGACUAUGUUCUUUCCAGUGGAUGCUCAUUGGAUCGUACUUUUGGCAAUGGAUAUGCUUGUUCAAGAACCAAGACCAAUAAGCGUGUAACUGACAUUCAAGAACAGACAACAUCUCACAAACUUCACGAUAUCACGACAAGCUUGUUCUUCCUAGAAUGAAUUAUC